AUGGUCCACUGGACCACACAGUGGGGGACCUGUGUCUGGCUCCAGACUUUAAUGGCCUUUGCCUUGGCCAACUGUCCCUCAUUGGCCCCCAACCCAGUCAACUUCUCUGUGGUUUACACCAUGCCCUUCUUCCAGGCACGGGGCCCCAUCCAGAACAUUGUCAACAACUCGUUUUACCGGGAGGUCUAUGUAGCCUCUCAGAAUGUGAUCGAAGCUGUCAACAGAAGCUUGGAGAAGGUGUGGCAGCUUCACACUGGGCCAGUGGGAAGCCCAGAUUGUCAGAUAUGUGAUUUGUGUCACAUUGACAAGGACCCCAACAUCCUGGAGGACACAAACAAUCAGGUCUUGCUGUUGGAUACUCUGUUUAUGUCUUUAUAUUCUUGUGGAAGUUCUCAGUAUGGUGUUUGUUAUUCACAUCAACUCAGGUUAAAUGGAGAGCCUUCUAUUUCGAAGUGUUUGUUUAGAGAAGAUUCAAACUCUGCUGCCUACUGUCCUGACUGUGUGGCCAGUCCUCUUGGUACUAAAGUGACAAUGGUGGAGGAGGGUCAGACCGUCUACUUCUUUGUUUCCGCCACUGUCAAUGACAGUGUGACCCAACGUUAUGGUAGGAAGUCAUUAUCAGUUCGUCGACCACUGGGGACAGAAGAUGGUUUCUACAGUGAUGUACGUGGCCUGACUGUCCUUCCUGGCCUACGGAGGACAUACCACAUCGAAUAUGUCUACAGCUUUUUCACUCAGGAGUUUGUCUACUUCCUCUCAGUCCAGAGAGAGAGCCCAGACCAGGACUCAUCUCCGUUUCAGACUCGCCUUGGCCGUCUCCCAAGGAAUGAAUGGGAGAUGAAGAGAUACCGUGAGGUGAUCCUGGAGUGUCGAUUUGAACCUAAACGCCGCAGGAGGAAUGUAGCCAGUGAACCCUAUAAGGAUGUGGUAUACAACGUGGUCCAGGCAGCCCACUUUGGCAAGGCAGGCAGGGAGCUGGCAGAAGAGUUAGGGGCUGAGGAGGAGGAUGACAUCUUGUAUGGGGUGUUUGCUGUUACUGAUGACAACGGGGUCACAGAGCAUGACUCUGCCCUGUGUGCCUUCCCCAUGGACAAUGUGAACAAAGCAAUUGUAGAUGGGGUGGACGAUUGCUGCGAGUCUGGACCAGAGCAGCUCUCCAGAGGCCUCUGCCACUUCCAGCCGUGUGAGAGCUGUCCGCAUGAGAGUAUGGAGAACAACGCCACAUGCAGAGACCAUCCCACCAUGGUUUCAAAGCCCUAUUACAGAGUGGACCUCUUCAACAGGCAGAUGACAGACGUCCUGCUCACCUCUCUGCUUGUCACAACCAUAGAGAGCAAGACAGUAGCUCAUAUUGGCACCUCUACUGGACGCCUGCUACAGCUUGUGUUGACAAGAUCAAGUCCCAUAAUCUUUGCCAAUUACUCUUUGGUUGAGAACCAGAGGAUCUCAUCCAUUGCUGCUGUGAACUCAUCAGAGUAUCUACUUUUCGUAGUUGGAGACAAGAUGAUUCAGGUUCCCCAGAGAGGACCAGGUUGUCAGCACUUCCUGACUUGCGCCAUGUGUCUAUCAGCCCCUAAGUUCAUGAACUGUGGCUGGUGCUCUGGAGUGUGUUCCUGGGAAAGUGAGUGUCACAGCCGCUGGAGGAAUGAGUCCUGCCCACCUGGAAUCACUGGGUUCUCUCCACGGACUGCUCCUCCUGAUGGUCAAACAGAGCUAACUGUGUGUGGAUGGGAGUUCCAGUCGCCCUCAAGACCUCCUAUUACCACCAGAACACACCAGGUUCGACUAGGACAAACCGCCUGCAUUGUGCUUCCAGUCAAAAGUAAUAGCACACACCUGGUGUGUAAGAUUCGCUCGGGGACCACUGACCUGUCCAAACCAGUCAACAUUACAGUGGAAGUACAUGAGGGCAAGGUUGAGGGACGCUACGCUAUUGAUGGCAAGGCAGAAAUAUCAGGGUUUACAUUUGUGAUUCCCAACAUCACAGAAAUCCAUCCUAACUAUGGGCCCCGUGUUGGGGGCACACUCAUCACCGUGACUGGACCUCACUUGGAUGCUGGAAAGACCAGAAGAGUCACCCUCAAUGAUGUACCCUGUCAUAUAAAAAGAGUUACAAAGCCUAAAGGCAAUGUGUCCUCCAUCAUCUGUCUGUCCCAGCCCAUCUCAGAGGUGAGGGAUGUCCCUCUCAGUGUUUUCAUCGACAAGUCCCCUGUCCUCACCACAAAGGUGUUUUACUACAAAGAAAAUCCAAAGAUUACAGCCAUCCUGCCUGAAUGUAGCUUUGACAGGGGGUCAAAGGUUGUGAUUGAAGGAGAGAACCUGGAUUCUGUUUACCGCACAGUCAUUCGCUUUAAACCCAAUGAGAGUUACCUGAAGCCUGUCACAAGGGAGUGCAUAGGCAAGUCCUUAUCUACGAGGAUGGAGUGUGUCACUCCUGUGUUUCACAGGGAUGAGACAGAGGAAGGAGAGCUUUCUUUUGACAUGGAUGGAGCAUUGGGACUUUGGAACAAAGAGUUCUCUUACCACCCCUAUGGGGAGCCUAUACCUUUUGAAACAGAGGGAAACGUGCUAAAUUUGUACCCUGGGUUUGACGAAGUGUCACUACAUCAUCAGAAGCUGAACCUGGUGAGCUCCUGUAUGACCAUCAUUAUGACCGUGGCAGGUGUUGAUUGUGAUGCUAAAGUCCUGGACAAUGAGAUUACCUGCAGGAUCCCCAAAAACAUGACCAUUCCCACUGAGGGGCUGGCAGUGAAGAUCUCCAUCAAUGGGCAGGUCCACAACGUUGGUACAGUGGUGAGGGUCAGCAACCACUACAUGGUAGGGAUUGUUCUGGGGAUCCUAGCAGCUCUGGUGGCUGGGGCGGUGCUGGCCUUCGUUGUCAUGAAACACUUGAGGAAGAAAAAGAAAGCCUCCAUGGUAGAGACACGUUUGGCUCACAGUGCUAACCGCCCUGGUACAAAUAAUGUGGAGCUGUCACCUGUUGGGGACUACAGAAGAGUAGUAUCCCUGAAUCCUCCCAGCCCCUUAGUGGGGACGGUGGUGUUCCCCAGCAUGGCCUACGCUACAGGCAGCAUAGAUCCCACCCUCACUCCACUCAUGCCUUCAGAGAAGAUCUCAAUCUCAAGUUUUAGGCCAGAGCUGCUGGAGGAGGUGAAGGAUGUUCUAAUUCCUGCUGAGAUGCUUAUUGUGCAGCACCAUCGGAUCAUAGGGAAAGGUCAUUUUGGAACAGUCUAUCAUGGCUACUUCACAGACCACAAUCGCAGAGAAAUCCACUGUGCUGUCAAGUCUUUGAAUAGGAUAACUGAUGUGGAAGAGGUGGAGCAGUUCCUGAAGGAAGGUAUAAUAAUGAAGGGUUUCCAUCACACCAAUGUGCUUUCUCUGCUGGGCAUCCUACUGCCAGAGGAAGGGCUCCCUCUAGUGGUGCUGCCAUACAUGAAACACGGGGACCUGCGGCAUUUCAUACGCUGCGAGAAGAGGAACCCCACUGUAAAGGAUUUGAUUGGCUUCGGACUACAGGUUACCAAAGGGAUGGAGUAUUUGGCUCAGAAGAAGUUUGUGCACAGAGAUCUUGCAGCACGCAACUGCAUGCUGGAUGAGUCAUACACAGUUAAGGUGGCAGACUUCGGUAUGGCCAGAGAUGUUUUUGAUAAGGAGUACUACAGUGUUCAGGACCACAGGAAGGCUAAACUGCCUGUCAAAUGGAUGGCCAUUGAGAGUCUGCAGACGCAGAAAUUCACCUCCAAGUCAGAUGUGUGGUCCUUUGGUGUGUUAAUGUGGGAGAUGCUGACCAGAGGAGCGAGCCCCUACCCAGAAGUGGACCCUUAUGACAUAACACAUUACUUACUGAAGGGCAGGAGGCUUCCCCAGCCUCAGUACUGCCCUGACCCUUUGUAUAGCAUUAUGCUCCAGUGCUGGGACCCUGAUCCCGAGUUGAGGCCCAGCUUCGCUACAUUGGUGUCAGCCGUCUCUACCAUCUUGUCAGGCCUGGAGGGAGAGCACUACAUAAGUCUGAAUGUCACCUACGUCAACCUAGACCAGCCACGGCCCUACCCUGCCCUCACAGAGUCUGCCGAUGAACAUGACUCCACAGAUGUUGAAGACUUAGGCUCAAUCUCUUCCUGAACCAACUCAAACCUCAACUUAA